CACUGAAAAACAUGUAUACAGUCGCGAUGUUGCUCGGAAGGAAGAGAGAAACUUCGCGUGAUCUUAGCUUUGAAUUCAGAUCGAUAUAGUUCUUUUUUUCCUUAUCCACACAAUGAGAGGUCUUAAUGGACAGAUGGUAGCCUCCAGGUGGCGUAACUGUCGGAUUUGUUAGUUAUGUCAAACUGCCAGAACCAGUAUAUACUAGACGAAACCAGAUGUAUUGACUCGAUAUACAGCGGGCAAAAAUGACGCGCAAAAGGGAGAGGCAGCCGUCCCUGCAGAAGGCAUGCAGCAGCCUCAGCUUCCCCGACCUCGUCCUGGCGACUUCUUUCACCUCUCUCCCCGACCUCAGCGGCGUCAUUGACACAGUCGAACAAAAUGGCGCUCCUCCAGGGGAAGAACUGGAUGAAAUAGAUUUUAAAGGAUGCCGCGAUGACGUCGACGCGGGGUGGUCUUGGGUUGUCAUGGUAGCAGGAGCGUUGACACUUUUCAUUGGCAACGGAUAUGUGUACAGCGUAGGUGUUUUCUAUCUGCCAUUAUUGGAGGCAUUCCACGAAGGAGAAGCCAUGACUGCGUUACUAGGGUCCGUCUUCAUUGGACUCGCCGGAACAUUCGCUGUGGUUGGCAGUAUGAUAUGUAACAAGCUGAACUGCCGUAUAGCCUGUAUGAUCGGAAGCUGUGUGGCGGCCGGGGCCUUCAUCACCAGUUCAUUUGCCACCAGUAUUACUUUCCUUAUUGUGUCCUUCGGUCUGAUUGGAGGUUCCGGUUUGAUAAUCUGCUAUACUUCUGCCCACAUUAUCACUUCUCACUACUUCAACAAGAGGCGAGCAUUUGCCAUUGCCGUCAUGCACACAGGCGGAAGUCUCGGCCAAGUCGUUUGGGCACCUGUCACUCACUUCUUCAUCGACCAAUACACGUGGAGGGGUGCGUGUCUGUUGCUAGGGGCGUUGGCCCUUCACCUGCUUGCCUGCGGAGCCCUGAUGCGACCACACAAAUACGAAUACCUCCAUAAAAAGCAACACAAAACUGGAUGCUCUUCAGUUUUCGAUCUGAGACUCUUCAAAAAUAUCCAGUUUAAUUUUUUUGCCUUGAAUAUAUUGAUUCUUCCAAUUGCAAUGGGGAUGAUAUUUGUACACUUCCCAGCAUAUGCCGUGUAUUCAGGCACGUCCGAGCAUUCCGCCCCUACCCUCCUCUCUGUGAUUGGCGUGAGCUGCAUGUGCUGCAAGCUCAUACUGGGCGGGGCCUUAAAUCACCCGGAUGUCGACGUGUGGACGAUCUACACAAUGUCGCAAACCCUGGUUGGAUUAUUAACUAUUGCUGUGCCGUUAUUCAUGAGUUCUUACUCCGGACAGAUGUUAUAUUCCCUGUUGUUUGGGACCUACAUCACACCAUUUAUGAUAGGAUUCACGCCCCUGGCUGCCCAGUACGUUGAGGCAGCACAGUUGGGCGGGGCCAUUGGUGUUCUUCUCUUUGCCAACGGGAUUGGUUUCUUUAUUGGGCCCGUGAUUGGAGCUGUGAUGUACGAUGCAAAUAAAUCUUAUGCCGAAGCAAUGCAGUUUGCAGGUGGGUGCAUGCUGGCCAAUACGCUCUUAAUGUUCCUUCUCCCGGUCACAUCCUCAAUAACCCAGAAUCGGGAACAGAAAUCUGAAACGGAUCUGGAGCAACAGAAAUCGCACCGGUUCAGCUUGUUGCUCAAACAAAAACGUGAAAGUCUUGGAAUCCAUUCGUCUAGGGAUGACAAUAGGAUUGAGGAUGUAAUUAAGGGACCACACCUCUCGAAAGUUUACGAAAGCGCAGGCCUUUGCGCUCACGGCUGUAAGCUUGGGGGUUGUCCGUUAUGUUUUAAUCAGCAGUAUUCACAUGCGAAUGGCACUGCCAACAUUCCUAACGGGGUUUCACAGUCUGCUUCGACAGACGUAUGUGCGUCUUCUUUCGGCACCAAUAGUUCCGUGGCCAGGGACGUAUUUCCGAUUGCCGUGUCUGUUUCAACAGAAGACGGCUCUUUAAUAAUGGGGAACCACGUGGGCAAAAGCAUUUCUCCAUCUGAGACUGCAGUCGGCUCUGAAAUGGCUUCGUCUUUAGAGACGAGCCAUCCUGGCGUCACAGAGAAGUACUCGGAAGGAAUUUCGUUCAAGUCAGACCUAAAAGCUGAUUCUUUGAACACAGAUGAAGUUCCCGAAAAAGCGAAGAAUCAAAACGACGCAGAGGUCAUGUUACACCGUAGUGAUAGCGACAUGUUUUCAAUGGACUUAACCAUUGUAGUGGACACUUCAGCUUUGGAGACAAACGACAAUGUUGGUCAUGACCAGAUUUUAGGUGACCAGUCGCCCUUGCCUGACACUGCUUGCUAUUUGGAAACGAAGAAAAAUAUUGGCAGCGAAAAUUCUCCAGACAAUCAUUGUGCAACAGCAGCACUCGUUUCUUCUUUGGAAAGCGAAAAUAACAUUGACGCUAACAAGACCAAAUGCCAAUUUGAUGAUUCUACCCUUUCAGAUCUUGCAACGUCUUUGGAUCCAAACGAGGGACAAGAAAGAGACGGGGGGAACAACCUAGGUAAUGCGAAUUACAAUGCUCCGGUAGCUACGUAUCCUGUUAAGACAAAUAACGACAACGACAGCCCCAAAUGCCGAAAUUCUAUUUCUUUCCAAACGAAUGCUGCUACGUCUCCGGGAACAACCCAAGAUUUGCACCAAGAACGUUGCUCAAAUUUUGCGAAUGCUCCUUCGUCUUCAGACACAAAAUGCGGCGUUAACACAGCAACUGCGGCAGUGGGAUUUGAUAUGGCUUCAUGAAAGAUGUUUG